AUGACGCUCGCGCGCGACGCGCGAACGCGCGGUGCGGAGCGCGAGGGCGACGACGCGGAGACGCAGUCGAGAGGGAAGAAGCGCGCGCGACGCAAACGCGACGACGCGGGAAGGCGGGACGCGCGGACGACGUUCGGAGGAUUUGCGACGCUGCCGACGGAGCUGGUGGUGAAGAUAAUGAAAGAACUUGAUGGUUACUCGCUGGCGAUGGCGACGUGCGCGUGUAAGGAUUUUGAAGCGACGGGGAGGGAAAACGACGAACUGUGGCUCGAGUUGUUGAUUAAACUCGAACCGCGCGCGCUGAUGCGAGAGGAUUUGAUGCAAAACGGCAGUGGGAAGUUUCGUGCGUUCAGCUACAAGGAGUUGUUCAUGUGGCGUCUUCACACGCUGAAAGGGUGCGCGAUGAUGAACACGAAGGCGUACGCCGAGAUGGCGGCGCGGGGCGACGCCACGCGCGCGUUGAGCGCGGACGCUUCCGGACCGAGCUCGAGCGAAUUGCGGUCGAAGAUUGGUCACCUCGGUAGACUGGCCGUGAUAAAUCAAGAACAAUUGUUCACGUGCGAUCCACGACCGAAGGGGGGACUCAUUUACAACGUAUACGACAGCGGGAUGAACUCGUUUGUUCCGCAUACGCUCCUGUGGUCGCCGAGGUCGGAAUUACUGGCGUGUGCUUUCCUCGUGAACGGCGCGGAGUCCAAAACGUGUCAUAGCAAGAUUAUACUGUCUGCGCCGAAGGCAGUACUCACAGGGCAACUGAAGUUUGCCCGGGGCGACGCGCUUACAAACACAAAUGCAGAGGUGUCGACGCCGCGACACGGGCGACAUCCAUACGAAGCUCCGCCCAUGAAUAAUAUCAUAGCGUUACCGCAUGGGUUACAGUGCGCACACAUGGCAUUUGCGCCUUGUGGGACGAUGUUGAAUAUCUUGCACAAAGACCGCAUGGAGUCGUCGCUAUAUACGCUCGAUUGUGCAAUCAGCAUUACGUCCUUGUACGGUCCCAGUAACGGCAAGAGUGGCACUUCGCCCGUGCCGCCACCGUCAGAGCACGUCACGAGGGUUGCGAGCGGUACGGAUAGCAUCCGAUUCGCCAUCUCUCCCAUCGAUAACAAUUCCUUGCUGAUGUUCGGCGAUCAACGAGAAAUCAUGUUGCUGAGGAAACAAGGAAUACGCGGGGGCGCGAUCCCGCUGUCUGAUCGUUGGCCGGGAACUCGAGCGUUUGACGAGGUUUCGUCAGACGACGACAGUCUGUACGCAUCAGAUGGUUUUGAGCGCGAAUACGAAAUGCCCCCGGAUGCGGUCGAUGUUCCGAGAUCUCUCAAUCAUUCUCUCACAUCGGCAAACUCAAACGCGGCGCACCCAGCGUGCGACACAGCGUCUGAGCCGCUCGAAUCCGCCUUUCAGGACGACAUUCACGAGCGAGCGACACGCGAUUGUCAAGAAGUGGUGUCAACGCCCAAGAUGACUUGGUGGCAACAGCUCAGUCGUAACAUUCUCGCCGGCGUAAAGUCUGCUACUUUGGGCGCGCGGGGCAACGAAAAACCCUCGACUUCGGCAAAACGCGAUGAAGAUUCGGAGCAUGGCGCGCUUAAACGUAUAAAAGACUCUGCAAAUAGUAUUGAUCGCAGUGAUUGGAGUUGUCUCAAGGCGGGCACGUGGUGGUCAAACAUCCCCAACUUUCGUAAGUUGACGGAUAUCUUGGUGAAGGAACACGCCAAACAACCGCUCGCGCGACUGUACACUGACGAAACGGCAAAGCGCAUCGAAUGGGUUCCUUCCAAGCGAGGCGACGUUAAUGGGCGUGGGUUUUGGCUUUUACCGUCGUCUAUCCCGGAGCGUUAUGAUGAUGAUCAUGAUACUGCGUACUACGCCUUCCUCGUCAUGGUUCCGGUGCCGUCGGAAAAAGCGAUCAAGGAACGAAAGAUAAAGCCCUUCAUCAGCGGGGACGACGACGAACUGUUUCAAAAUAUUAGUGAGUGCGUGAUAACUGAAAUCUCGCCCGCACCAGCGUACGCGGAGCCCAACAUAGUCGCUCGGUUUCUUUAUGCUGGAAGGGCGGGAGGUCGCCAAGUCGUUUGGUCGACCGUAGACGGCCUCUUCGUGCGCUGUGUAGACUUUAAUCUCGACGCCGAGGGCGACUGGAUGGGUCCUCCCACUCUGGGUCCGAUGAUGCAGGUGAUCGAUUUCACGAGCAUCUUGAACGGUGCGAACAGAUGGAACAAAUCAUACGAUGAAGUUAGCGUGCGAAACUAUGCUUCCUGGAACGGUUCGCGCCAAGUUCCCGUGUUAUCUGUGGUGAAUGAGGUCUUGCGUUACACCAUCGAGGUGAUUCAGUGGAGCCCGAGCGGCGAGCGCCUGCUGAUCCUUAUGGCGGUUCACCUCGCGUACGAAGAGCCGGUGCAGGCCGGUGAAUAUUAUACUGUGCAUCAGUGGAUUUGUUGGGAUCCACCCCCUGUGAUGUCCGACGAUUCUGAGAAAGCGCUGCACCGCGUCCCGGCGGGGGAGUGUCACGGCGUUUUAUCGUUCGGGUCUCGAUUCAUCCCGUCGCAAACGUUCCGGUCGGAGUGUUCCGAGAAGAUGGACAACUUAUCCGGAGGUAUUAAUUUGUGGAGUCCUGAAGAAACUGCCAUAGCGUUCGGCAUUCAAGUACCCAGAGUCGUGCCGACGCAUGAAAGCAGCGAUUACAUAGUCAUCCAAAAUUUCCCUCGCGUCAACUUUGACGAAAUUGAGCGACGAAGCCUCACGGGUGAGGCGCCGCCGCUUCAACAAGACGGGUCCGUGGCAUCCUUGCCAUAUCAUUUGAACUACGUCGAUAGCGCGUUAGAGUACGUCUGCGAAGGCACGUAUUGUUCGUGGAGUCCGACGUGA